AUGCGAACCAACCCUGCAAAGACGGCGCUCACGGCGCUGUUUCUCUGCUCACUCUCCCUCCUCUUGCCCGCGGCGAAGGCAGAGAGUCGUGACCUCGCACAGAUUGUUUUUGUCAGCUGCAACCGACACGACAGGGACCAGGGCUACUGGGACGUGAUAGCAGCCACCGUCGAGCACAGCGAACAUGUCGGAGAGCCAAAGAAGCCACCGAAGCGUGACACGGGCGGUUGUGCGGCCAAUCCUCCGGUUGAUGCACUUGUUUGGCUUGGUGAUGCGGUGUACGGGGACAAUUUUAGUUUCCUUCGGGGUUGUUAUCCGAACGAUGAUUUGGAACUGGUUCGCUCAAAGUUUGUACACCAACGCAACGCCCCGGAAUAUGUUGCAUUCCGCCAGACAUGCGUGCGGCAGCGCACAGCUGCAGCUACCCGUGACGACGAAGAAGAGAGGCAGUGCGUUAUGGGUGUGUGGGACGACCAUGACCUUGGCAAGAACGACGGCGGGGCAGAAUACGCGGGCAAGGAUGUUACACAGCAGUUCUUUUUGGACUUUCUUGGGGUUGCGAAGAACAGUCCGCGCAGAAAGCAAAAAGGUGUUUAUAAUUUUGAGGCCAUUCCAUUUCGGGCGCUGGACCCAACUUCCGAUAUGAACUCCCCGCGGUCCACCGCACUGAAGGAGCUGCAGCGUUUGUACGACCAUGCUGCUUGUUUUCUGCUUUUGGAUGUACGCUACUUUCGUGACCCCGCAAACGCCACUCGUAGCGGCGAUAUGCUGGGUGAGGAGCAGUGGAAAUGGCUUGAGGAGCGCCUCCGCGAUGACGUCGCCGGACAGAACCCCGCAACGGGCCGGGAGCGAUGCGCAUUGACGGUUGUUGGGAGCGGCGUGCAGCUGAUCAUGGAUGAGAAGGUGAGCGAAAGCUGGGGCGCCUUUCCGCGCUCGCGCGAGCGCCUUUUUUCACUGCUCCGCUUGUAUAACAGCGAGCGGGUGAUGUUCAUCAGCGGCGAUGUGCACUUGGGCGAGAUUGGAAUGGACGCCUCAUGCGACGCCACGGCGGUGCUUGGGUACCCGAUUCUUGAGGCCACAAGCUCCGGACUGACGCACAGCACUGCCGAGAUUUUGGGCCUUGCAACCAUCUUCGAGACUCUAUUCCCUUCUCCACGCCGCGUUGGCGCCUACGUUGAGCGCAACUUUGGUGUCCUGCGCUUGACGACGGAUCCCGAGGCUCUUCUCGCGGCGCUACAGAGCAAAGACAAGGCACAGCGGCAGCAGGUGGAGAGGUACGUGAACGUGUCUGUCUCGAUCCAUAGUCUUCCUCAGCACGGGAAGGCAGUUCUGCAGCUGACGCUGCCGCUGAGUGUGUUUACACUCCGGGGAGGAGCAGGUGACUCUUCGGCCCGCCCUGCGCGGUCCACCUCCGCGGUGAGGCCGACCUGUGAGAAACCGUCCAAAGGCAGUAUAAAGAACGGGGGUGCCGCCCCCCAGCCCUAUCACUCUUCGACCCCCACCCCAGCUUUUACGUAUAUGAUUCGCUUUCUUCAACGCCACGUAUGGCCGCAACGUACGCUCCUGCAAGUUACAGCAACUGUGCUGCGCAUAGUAGGGCUCUUGGUUGUGGCAGCGAUGAUGAUCUUCCUUUGUUUAAAAAUCUGCGUUCCCCGGUGGAGAAGCAAAAAAAAGGCAAAAACUGUAUGA